UUCACUCGAAUUCUUCUUCCCAUAUCCGGCCAAUCUCAACCCAAAAACCGGAUCCAUAUAGACCAUCUUCGCUUGGCAAAGAGAGAGAGAGAGAGAGAGAGAGAGAGAGAGAGAGAGCGCAGCCGACUCGCCGCUCAGCUUUGCUCCGGCGACAUCCCCAGUCAGAUGAUAAAUUGUUAUUCAAAGGGAUAUUCUUUGUGAAGAGGAUCUUUUAGCUUAAGUCAUGGCGGGCUGGCAGAGACAUUUCCAAUCCAUACUCCGUCAGGUUGGGAAGAGAUUAGAGCAUAACUACAAUGCUUCGGUCAACUUCUCAGGUCAUCACUCAAGCGCCUCCUUAGUACCUGGCGAGCUGCCUAAUUUGCAGAUCCUAAGUUCUUCGUCUUCUCUAAACAACUCAAGGCCAUUGUAUCAAUAUUGGCAGCAGUUGCAAUUUUCCACUUCGAGGACGUUGCUUGCUAGUUCAUCUGACGAAACACCUAUUUCUUCUCCACUGACGCCUGUUCUGGCAUUGGGCAGUGGUAAACCUGAAGAGCAGAAAGUUCUAUCUAAACCUUCAAAAGUUCAAGCAGUUUUAAAAGGCAUAAAACAGAGUCCUAAGAAGGUGAACUUGGUUGCUGCAUUAGUUCGUGGCAUGCGUGUGGAAGACGCAUUGUUGCAGUUGCAAGUGACGGUUAAGCGAGCCUCCAAAACUGUAUAUCAGGUUAUACACUCAGCCAGGGCAAAUGCAACCCACAAUCACGGAUUAGACCCAGAUCGUCUCCUUGUUGCUGAGGCAUUCGUUGGGAAGGGCCUCUUCCUAAAGAGAGUCUCUUUCCAUGCUAGAGGAAGAUCCGGAAUAAUGCAUAAACCGGAGUGUAGAUUGACCGUGGUAGUUAGGGAAAUAACUCCAGAAGAGGAGGCUGAGAUAGCUAAGCUGAAAGUUAGCAAUUUCCUCAAGCUUACCAAGCGGGAGAGACAACUUGUCCCCCACAAGCUUAUUGAGACUACUCCGAUUUGGAGCCGCAAAGGCAAAGAAACAACUCACGGAUGACCUGGUAUGGGUCCGCGACCAAGCCUCUCUUCAAAUUUUCACAUUCUGGUAUGAAAUCAUGCUGUGGUUGGAAGAUGCUUAAUUGUAAACUGUCAUUCGAAUCAUUGUCGUUUUGAUAGAACGGUUUAAAACUUUUCAGUACCUGUACUACAUUUUGACGAUGAGGAGCUUUGUUAUGUGGGAAGACAACUGCGUGUCUGCAUGGGACAUUUGUGUUAAUGUAUACCGUUUUUUGUUGUUA